AUGUUUACAAACAUGAAUGGAGCAAAUAAUACUUAACCAUAAUAAUAAGGGAAUCCAACUUCUUCAAUUUUUAACAAUCCUGCUCCUUCAAACAAUUUAUUCGGGCAAGCUCAAAAUCCUUUAGGGUAAUAACAACCAUAAGGAAUUUUGGGGUAAUCACAAUAGCCGAGUAUAUUUGGUAAUACCAAUUAGUCCACUGCUAUAUUUGGAUAGCCAUAAUAAUAAUAAACUAAUGUAUUAGGAUAGUAACAAUAAACUACUUUAGCAGGAUAAUAACAGCCAAAUUCAUUAUUAGGACAACCACAAUAAUAAGCAACAUAAUUAGGACAGACCCAAUAAACAAAUAUGUUUGGAUAACCAUAAUAAUAACAACCUUAAAUCUAAGGGUAAUAAACAACAUUAACAUAACCAACAACUUAGUAAUAGCCAUAGCCAACUUAACCUAAAAACUACACAUUAAAUUAAAUAAAUUAACAAACUAAAUUGCAUAUUGAAAAUUUGACUAAAGCUAUAGCUAACAAAGAAAAGAUUGAUAAAAAUUAAAAAAAUUUAUAGCUUAUUGAAAAAAACUCAUUGAAAAAUAUCUAAUAAUAAUAAUAAUAAUAAAUGACUCUUGGAAUUAAUCCAAAUCCAUAAUAAUAAGUAUAAAGAACUCUUGUUAAGGGAGAUAGAAGAAAUCAUACUUAAAAAGUUGAAAACUAUUAUAAUGAAUGGAAUAAAGUAUUUCUUAAUAUUAGUAAAAAACAAGAUGAAACACUUGCAUAAUUAGCUGCUUUAGUUGAUUAACUCACAUAAUAGGAUACUUCUUUUGGUAUUAUUACUAUAAUUAUAUUUUUUAUAGAUAUAGAUGAAGAAUCACUUAUUGAUUCAAUAAAAUAAUUUGGUAAAGAUUUAGAUGUUUUAGAACGUAAAAUCAAUUACGUAGUUAAAAUAUAAGAAAAAAUAUUAGGACUGGAAAAGGAGGAAUCUGAAUGGGAUCAGAUUGUCAAUAAUUUAAGUGAAUGUUUAUUAUAUUUGGAUUAAUAAACAGUAUAUAUUUAUAAUAAUUAUUAGAAAGAUGUUGAGGAUUUAUUACAAUAAGCAGAAAAACAUCCUAAGGUAUAAAAUAAAUGA